CUUUUCUUUUUUAUUUUUUAGGUAUAAGGCAGAGUCACUGCAGUUCCCUGACAUCAGUUCCAGAUUAUUGACCCUGGGACAGCAGUGUAACUAUAUGAAAUCAUGGCUGGUUAUAAACCUGUAGCGAUUCAGACAUAUCCUGUACUUGGUGAAAAAAUCACCCAAGACACUCUGUACUGGAACAAUUAUAAGACUCCUGUUCAGAUUAAGGAGUUUGGUGCCGUGUCCAAAGUAGACUUUUCUCCUCAGCCUCCGUAUAACUAUGCAGUCACAGCUUCUUCAAGAAUCCACAUUUAUGGCCGAUACUCUCAAGAACCUAUAAAAACCUUUUCCCGUUUUAAGGACACAGCAUACUGUGCUACUUUUCGACAGGAUGGCCAACUGCUUGUUGCUGGCAGUGAAGAUGGUGUGGUUCAACUUUUUGAUAUAAGUGGGAGGGCUCCCCUCAGGCAGUUUGAAGGCCAUACAAAAGCAGUUCAUACAGUAGAUUUUACAGCUGACAAGUAUCAUGUGGUCUCCGGAGCUGAUGAUUAUACAGUUAAAUUAUGGGAUAUUCCAAACUCCAAAGAAAUUCAGACAUUCAGAGAACAUUCCGAUUAUGUGAGGUGUGGCUGUGCCAGCAAGCUGAACCCUGAUCUCUUUGUAACAGGAUCAUAUGAUCACACUGUGAAGAUGUUUGACGCCCGGACAAAUAAGAAUGUUCUCUGUGUGGAGCAUGGGCAGCCUGUGGAGAGUGUCCUGCUUUUCCCCUCGGGAGGUCUCCUGGUGUCUUCAGGAGGUCGUUAUGUUAAAGUCUGGGACAUGUUAAAAGGAGGACAGUUGCUUGUGUCUUUGAAAAAUCAUCAUAAGACUGUGACAUGCUUGUGUCUGAGCAGCUCUGGACAGAGAUUACUCUCCGGCUCACUGGAUAGGAAAGUCAAGGUCUACAGCACAACUUCUUACAAAGUAGUCCACAGUUUUGACUAUGCAGCUUCCAUCUUGAGUCUGGCACUGUCUCAUGAAGAUGAGACGAUAGUUGUGGGAAUGACUAAUGGGAUACUGAGCGUUAAACACCGGAAAUCUGAAGCAAAGAAGGAAUCUCUCUCAAGAAGGAGGAGGCCUGCAUACCGAACCUUUGUUAAAGGAAAAAUUUACAUGAAGCAACGGGAUGAUAUCAUGAUCAAUAGGCCAGCAAAGAAACACCUAGAAUGGUAUGACAAGGACCUGAAAAGUUUUCGGAUCUCAAAGGCACUUGACAGAGUCCUUGAGCCUAAUUGUGUAAUAAAGACGCCCGAGGUUACAGUUUCCAUCAUAAAGGAAUUGAAUCGGAGAGGAGUCCUAGCCAAUGCUCUUGCAGGUCGGGAUGAGAAGGAGAUUACCCGGGUUCUGAACUUUUUGAUAAGGAAUCUGUCUCAGCCGAGAUUUGCCCCUGUUCUGAUUAAUGCUGCUGAAAUAGUAAUUGAUAUAUAUCUCCCUGUGAUUGGCCAGUCACCAGUAGUUGAUAAAAAGUUUAUAGUACUUCAAGGACUCGUAGAAAAAGAAAUUGAUUACCAAAGGGAACUCCUGGAAACCUUGGGGAUGAUGGACAUGCUGUUCGCCACCAUGUCAAGAAAUGACAGUGUCUCUCUGUCAGAGAAUGUGCCUGCUGAACUCCCAGAGAAGACAGAAUCACCAUGUCAACCCGGUGACACAGACAAGAACUCCUAACUCUUAAUUACUGAGAAGGAAGCAUCUUCAAGACAUUCAAUAAGAUAAUUUACAGGAGUUUUAUGGAAGAGACUGGAUUAAUUAUAAUUGGGAAAUAAGUACCUGUUUCAAGACAUGGUUUUCCAUGUAUUAAUUUGAUUUAUCUUUUGAUGUCUUCCACUAGAAGAACUUAGUUGUCUCGGGCACAGUGUCUGUCGACCUUGGAUGAGUUGAUACUGAUUUUAAUGUAGCCAAACCCUCAGUUGCUGUGGGGCCUUAUGUGGCCAGCUGGAGAGGGUCCCAAGUGGAGCCCUGCCAAGUGAACAGAACCUUGGUUUUUCUUUUGUUUUCUACUUCUAGCCUGGGAAAUACCAAGAACAGCAGCAACGCAAAACUUCUUUCUUUGUACUCAGUGCCCCUGAGAACUUUCACUCCUUACUGGUGUCUUCGAAGUCCUGGUCACACAUUCUCACCAGCUGUUUGUGGGACUGUCUUCCAAGUGUGGCAGAUCACUGACUGGUGCUCCUAGAAUCGUAUUUAGGGUGUGAUGAGUCUUUUACCUACAAACUACUCUCCACCGGUGUUUUCUUUAGUCUUGCCUGUCUCUGCUUCUUUGCAGGACAAAGUCCAGAGAGACCUGACUGAACCAGAUCCCCUCCUCAUGGUCUGCUGCCUUCCUUCCAUCCUCACCUUCCUCAGGUCUGUGAGAAGGGCUGUCCUUUCCCUUACGGCAAUGGCCUUUUAGCCUGUGUGUGUGUUCGGAGCAGAUAACAGUUCUCUUUCCUGUACUUCCGCUUCUUUUUCUCUGUUCUUCAUUGUGUGGGUCUGAACCUCAAACAGGAGCAGUUUGCUUUGAAAAAUUGUGUUUUUGAAAGUUCAUUGUAAACUAUAUUUUUUAUAAAGAGAUUCUUUUCGUCUUCUUGGCUUUCUGAGGUGUCUCAAUUCCUGAUGACAGUCAGUGACUUGUGAGCAACAUACUGAUCCACAGCCUUUACUGCCCUACCUUCCUUCAGGUACCGUCCUUAGGUUAGCAAUGUAUCUGGAGACGGCAUCCUGAGCUAAAGGAGUCCUUGGGGAAAGAUUUUGUAAUGAUUCAGUUUUGUGAAUUUAGAUUUCCUUAAAGCAGAAGAGUAGGGAUAUGUCUAGAAUGUUCUGGUGUGGACACAAGCUCAACGAUAGAGUAUAGUUCUCUUUAGUGAGCUGAAACAGUUCUGUGAUAUGAUACUGUGUCUUGUGAGAACCCUGGAGCUUGCUUUUUUUGAGUAGUUACAACAUUAGUCACAAAUGAGAGCCUGUGCUUUAAGGUUGAGAAGGUUGACUUAGUUAAAUACAGCUAUUGAAGUAAAUCUUCCUAAGUAUGCAGAGUUUGUUCGGGCAAUUGUGAUCUUAAAGCUGUUGCUGCUGUCCCCCGAGCAACUCUGGAGCAUUUCCUGGCCAUUACUUCAUUUACUUCUCACACCUACCCGAGUGAGUGUCAGUCAUUCUCUUGUAACUAACGUUAAAUUAAAGUUGCUCAAUUCCCCAGGCUUGAGUUCCUUAUCAUCCCUGCAUUGCUCUCGCCUGCUGGACCCUAACUACUCACUCCCUUUGACAAACUAAGAGUGUUGCAGCUCCUGUGUAAAAUUUAUAGUAAUUACAGACCCUUGAAAGGAUUAGGAGACUUUCUCACAGUCCUCCAUGCAAUUAUGUUAAGGAGUUUUUCUUUGUUUUGUUUUUUGAGACAGGAUUUCUCUGUGUGGCCCUGGCUGUCCUGGAACUCACUAUGUAGACCAGGCUAGCCUCAGACUCACAGAGAUCCAUGUCUCAGCCUCCAGAGUGCUGGGAUUAAAGGUGUGUGCCACCACACCCAACUCAGAAGUUGUUUUUGUAUUCAUUGAAACUAUUAACUUUUUAUGUGAAGUGUUUUAACAUAAUUGACAUAUUUCAAUAUGUAAUGUUGGCCUUAGGAGUCAAAUGCUUAAUGAAUUCUUAGACUUGUUCUUCUUAGUUGGAAAAUAUUUGAUAUUUUACCAUGGAUGCAAAAAUAAUGAAAUGUUGCUGGAACUUAGUCAUUUAUGUUUAAUUUAUUAUGUUAACUCAAACUUAAACAUAUGGGAAGGUCUGUCUGUUUCUAGUCAAAUUUCUCAAAUGCCUGUGCUAUUAAAUUGCUUAAGGAAUUGAUGUCAAAUGGGAUGGUUAGGAACUCCACUGAUUGAACUCAAAUGAAUUCUACCAAACAUUAAUUAAAGACUCCCUUGAAUGUGAUUGGAGUCAUUUUCUCAGUGGCAUACUUCCAAGUUAAAAAUUUAAGAAAAGUUUGACCAUUUCUAACCACGUCUGACCAUGGAUAGUUUUGCCUUUGAACAAAGUAUCCCUGAGAAACUGAAAACCAUUUGCUGGCAGAUGAUGUUAUCUAUUCCUUUGGCCACAGUUGCCUGGACCAGGGGUGGUAUACCUUACUCAGGCUGUCUACAAGUCCAGAUUUAUAGUGAAAUUGUUCUUCUAAGUCAAAAAAAAAUCUGGUUCUCAACCUGUGGGCCGCACACCCUUUGGCAAAUCUCUAUCUCCAAAAAUAUUUACAUUACCAUUCGGAACAGUAGCAAAAUUACAGUUAUGGAUUAGUAAUAAAAUAAUUUUAUGCUUGGGGUCAUACAACAUGAGGAACUGUAUUAAAGGGUUGCAACAUGAGGAAGGUUGAGAGCCACUUCUCUAGGGAGAUGUGGGAGGCUGGGAAUGCUAUGUUGUGGUCUUCAACAGAGAAAGCAGUUUCCAGAAUGCAUCUUAUAUGAGGAAAAAAUAAAGCCAACGACUGCCCUACCUCACUAGCCAGAAAACCUGUCUUCAUUCCUGCUGGCUUUCCCUCCCCGGUAUCUUGCCUGUACUUCUUCCUCCUCCAUGAAGUUCUUUUGGAACUCUCAAUAAAUAUAUUUUUCUUACUUAU